AUGGGAGCCUCCAGUGAUAAGGUAAACGGGGACGUCCUGGGAUUGGUGAGGGGCCCUGCAGGUCUGUUGAUGGGACAGGCGUCUCUCCUCUCGGAGCUGCUGGUGUUCAUGCUGUGUGUCGUCAUCUCUCUCUGCCAGGAGGAAUACUCUGGAUACCACUCAGGUGAGGAACGCACCUAUGAAGGCUCUGUAGUCGACCACUAUGAGAACUCAGCCUCUCCUCAUCCAGAGUAUCUACCUGAGCCGACUCACAGCUACGACGAGGACCAGCGGCCUGAGGAGGGGUACUACGGCCCCUACGGUGCCGGCCCCACCCAGGUCACCAUGAUCACUGAGGAGUCCUUCCCCUACGCCACCACCACCGAGUCCCACUACGCCAAGGAGGACACGGAGACCAUGGAGGUGGGAUGGUCGGGGGGUGAUGCAGCUCUGGGGGAGGAGGGGCCGACAGAGUGCGACUGCGAACCCGGAGAACCCGGAUUCGCAGGCUUCGCGGGACCAAAGGGAUCCAGAGGCCCGCAGGGUAAAACCGGUGAACCGGGAGCUCAAGGCAGAGAGGGAUAUAAAGGAACCAAAGGGGUUCGGGGAAGAGGAGGAGACACUGGGCCAGUGGGUGAUGUAGGACCUGAAGGAGACGACGGAGCUUCUGGUUUCUCUGGAGCCAUGGGAGAACCUGGACUUCCAGGAGAUCCAGGCGAGUCGGGAGACCUGGGUCUGAAGGGCGACUUCGGUAUGGAGGGACCCCGCGGAGGAGUCGGGGUUCCUGGUGAGACUGGCCCUCGUGGUGAUGUGGGGCCUGCAGGCAAAAAGGGAGGUAAAGGUAUCAAGGGGUCUCAUGGUGAUGACGGCAAAGAGGGUACCCAGGGACGGGAUGGACAGAAGGGUCAGACCGGAGCGCCCGGGUUUCCAGGUGACGUCGGCGAGAGAGGCUACACUGGUUAUCCUGGACAGCCGGGAGGCAUGGGACCCAGCGGAGCAAAGGGCGUGAAAGGUUUCGGCGGCGUGCCCGGCAGUGACGGUGACCCCGGAGAAGACGGUCCCUUAGGAGUCCCGGGGACGAUCGGAGAGCCGGGGGCGUUUGGUCCCAAGGGCAGCAGAGGGGAUCGCGGUGUGAGAGGUCCUCGGGGCAGAGUGGGCGCUGUGGGACGUGAAGGAGAGCGAGGAGACGCUGGAGUACCAGGGAAGCCAGGGCCGAAGGGGCUGCAGGGCCACACAGGGGCCAAAGGUGAGACGGGGCCUGAUGGAGAGAAGGGGGCAGCAGGCAAGAAGGGAAUCAAAGGAGGAAAGAGUGAAAAGGGAAGCGUGGGUGACCGCGGAGACAAAGGACAGCGUGGACCGAAAGGUGCAGUCGGCCGCGACGGUGUCCCCGGUCCCGUGGGUCCGCCCGGCAUCCCAGGAACCAGAGGAGAGCGCGGUGCGAUCGGCGACCCGGGUGUUAAAGGCCGCCCGGGACCCAAAGGAGUCCCAGGUCCCUCUGGUCCUGGUCUGACUGACGAGCAGGUCCUGCAGCUCUGCAAAGGUGUGGUGACGGCCCAGAUCUCCCAGUACGCCGCCUCCAUCCGGGCCAAGUGCUCCCAGGGCUGCCCCAUCAACAACCGCACCCUCAUCGGGCCCCCGGGGGUCCCAGGACAAUCAGGACCAACAGGCAAACCUGGUAAAGCAGGAAAAGCCGGAGCCAAAGGAGCCAGAGGAGUUCAAGGCGACAGAGGACUGGAGGGACAGGAAGGAGCGCCGGGUGACGGAGGUCAAAAGGGACCUAAAGGCAGCGCAGGUGAUCCAGGUAAAGGCCUGCAGGGACCCGAUGGACCACAAGGCAUCAGAGGUUUGCCAGGUCACCCGGCAGAGCCCAAAAACGGCAUGGAGGGUCCCCGUGGUCCUCGCGGCUUCCCCGGUCCAGUGGGUACACUCGGCAUGCUCGGGAUCGCAGGCGUGCCGGGAUUUUGCGAGGCGCGGGACUGCAGCAUUCACGCGCCGGUGAUGCGCAAAGAGCAGGGUCUGGUGAAAGGACCCGCCAGCUCAAAAAUCUGAACCUGAACGCGAGCGACAGAGACCACUGUGAGAUUAUAGAGGGUCUGAGAUUCACCUGGUGGCUACGCCGAAAUUCUAUAGUCCAGCUUUUAAUGAAAACUGUUUUUAAUAUGUUUAUGACAAAGGUUUUUAAAAGCUGUGACUGAUUCUGUCGUAACAUUGACUCCUGAAAAUGUCAGUGGGCUGAGUAUAAAACCCUGGAGCACUCCGCCGCUGAGAAAUGUUGAACUCAGACAAAGACUUUUCCAUCUGAGCCGGACAAAGCUUCGAGUGAACAUUCAACAUUUUAAAGGUUUUAUAUUCAUAAAUAUCUAAACUGUUGCAGUUUUUACUGGGAACAAUUUGGUUGAAUGUGUUGUAAUUUGAUCAAAACACAAAGAGUAAAUGAUUCCCCACUGAAUCCUUCCUUCAGUUUAAUUUUUGUUUUCUCUUGAUACCUGAAAUCACUAUAAAAAUAAACCAAAAAAAAAGAAAGAUGCAAUGUAAAUAUUUUGUAAAGUAUCUCAAAUACAUGUACUGUGCUCUGAAAUAUGUUUCAGAUAAACGGAUGUUUUUUUUUAUCUGAGUCUUCAGUUUGUCAGUCGUCACAUUUUUAAGAUUGUAUUGCACUUAUUAUUGUCAAAUCCAUCAGCAAACAACAUCAG